AUGUUCCCACACCUCCACGCGCCCAUGAACCCCGACGCGACGCCGUUCGUCCCGCCCGCGUCGCGCUCGCCGACGGACGACACGCACGGCGGCGUCGCGUCGUCGAUGACGCGCGCCGCGAGGGACGUCCCGGGCGAGACGAAGCGCGUCGUCAAAAAGGUGAAGACAUUACCAGCGCAGAGAAAAUCAAAAUCACACACGAGUUCGUCGACGACGACGCGACAGUGCGGGAAACAAACGCGGUGCUCGAACAGGACGCGAGCGUUUUGGACGCAGUGCGAGGAGUGCUUCACGACGCGGUGCGCGAGGGAAAAGGGUGGGGUGAAUGGGAUUAUCGCCAAAGCGACGCGCGCGUUGGAACGCGAGACCCGACUGGGCGAAGAGGAUCUCAUCUCCAGUCUCAAGUGGCUACGAACGAUUGGCGUACGUUUCGACCCGAAGAAAGCGAUGGAAUCGAUGGUUGAAGCGGGGUUGCUGGACGGUUUCAAGUUUUGCUACGAUGCGUGGACCAAGCGCACGACGGACGCCGAUAACGUCUUUUAUCCUCGAGCCGCUUUUAACGCCGUGUGCGCCGGGUCCUUGCCGAUUAAUUGGGAGCCAUUUUUCGAUUUCAUUCGCUCUUUGCUGGUACACGGCGAUAAACUCUUGGUUGAAUGCCUGUUUACGUCCGCGCACGUCCGUGAUGAGUCUCGGGAUAUGUACGAUUACUCAGACGUUUACCAGACGUAUUCAGAAGACUACUUGAAUCAUCGUAUUUACGGACGCGCGAGCGCUCUGGAGUACCUCUGGAAACGGAAAUGCGCGACAUUUACAGACGCCCAUAUGCAGAUCGCGGUACGAAAUAAAGACGUGACCGGGGUCGCGUUUUUGCGCGACAAGGUCGGGCUGCCGUUAGUCAUCGACGCAGUCGAAGAUCACCUCGUGGAAAGCGUACGAGGGCUCAACGUAGACUGGUUCGAGCUUGUCGCGACGUUCGCGAUCGCGACGCCCCAGUGCAAUUUUACGACGAUGAAGCUUAAACAGGUGUUCAUCGAAACUCUCGGCCACGCGGAUGAGGUGCGGUACGGACUCCUCAACGACGACGAUUUGGACACAAUCGACGACUUUGUCGAUUUCCUCUGCGGCCUUCCAGACGACUCCAACAGAGAAGACAGGACGCACCUGCGCGCCAUCUCCGACUUGUUCGACGAGCACAAGGAAACUAUACCAGACGGCAAAUAUCUCGGCGUCAUGCGCUACGUUCAACAGCUUUACAACCAACUAGCCGACCGCGACGGCGGCGAGACAGAGCUCCGUCUCGCCGUCGAACAAAUCCUCGAAUCCGGUCGCGAAGACUUCCACCACGUCUUUCACCGCGUCCUCUUCGUCGGCGUCUAG